AUGCAGCCUACAGCUUUGUCCCUGCUCUUCCUUCAGUUCCUCCUGCUUUGGCCCUCUAAAGAUAAUGGAGUUGUUGAACAGUCACCGCUCUCACUCAGUGUUCAGCAAGGCGAGUCUAUCAACAUUAACUGUUCACUGAAAAGCUCACAUGAAGAAGAAGGGAUCUUCUUGCUCAAGACUCACAUGAAACCUGAAAGCGUGUUGUAUGUUUCAAGGCAGAAUGCUUCAACAAUCUCUACCACCUUUGCAAAUCGCUUAGAGUAUUCAAAGCAAGAGAAGACAUUAGUGAUAAUUCUGCACAACCUGCAAAAAAAUGACAGUGACACAUACCUGUGUGUAGGAGUGCUGAAAAAUACCACUGCCCUCUCACUGAAUGGAAGCGGCACCAUGGUGCUCGUUAAAGGGGAGCAGACAGGGUGCAGCCACAGUUCCUGGAUCUUCUGUGGUCUUACCACUGUGGUGGUGAUGCUGUUUUCUGCGCUGAUAUGCUUUGUCCUCUGCCGUGUUGAUGUAAAGAAGUAUUUCCAGAAAAGAAAACCAAAUGUGGUAUAUGAAGAUAUGUCAUAUAGUUCUAGACGAAACACCUUGGUCAGAGCUAACACUUACAGCAGUAGCAAUUAA